GACCCACACUAGCCAAUCGUCUUUGUUUAAUAUUUAGACUACCAAAGUCGUCAUCCAUAGUAUCUUAACUCAGCGACCCGUUAGUAAGGUCAAUGUUUUAUCAAUCUAGUCCACAAAAUAAUACGUUAUACACUUCGUAUUAGAAGUUUGUGCUGUAGCUAAUUUUAAAAUAUGCAAAGAUUUAUUCGCAGUGUUUUUAUUUUGUUACAAAUUUAUGUUUUUAAUAACAUAACAGGAUUAGAAUACGGGAAACAGCAAGAACGACAUAAUGCCAAUACAGAUUUUUUAUUACACGAAGGAAAUCCUCAUCCUUCUCAGCCAAAGAGAGAUUACGUAGUGCCACAAUUUUCGAGCAAUACUGUUUCCCAAAACAAACAAACCCUGAACCAAAAUGAUUUUCCUCCUCUGCGAACAUCACCAACACCCUCCUUGCCCCCUUCCACUGUACAUAAUACAAAAAAGACCGAUUACCCACCACUUAAGUCAACACUUCCAAAUUCUUCAAAGUCAAAUAAUAAUGGUUACACUACAAGUCUAUCUGGUAAACGAGACUACGUUGCAUCUCAAUUUACAACGAGAAGUACUGGCCCAACUUCUGGGAAAGUCAAAGAUUUGAUAAACUUCUAUGACAAUAAAGAUAAAAAACAGAACUCUCCACAAAAAAGUCCUAGUUACAGUUCAAUUGUUCAAGGAUCAAAUGGUAUUAAUAAACCAAUGUCAAGUACAACAAAAGCGAUGCAACCAGUGACAUCAUCAACACAUCCAACAAAUUAUACUCCAAAACCUGCGAGUUUCAGCUCCGUUGUAGCUGGUUCAAAACCAAGUAAUACCGCAACAACACCUAAACCUCAUAACGCUCAUCCAGGAAGACCAAAUUUACCAAGUAUAGUAAGCAAUAAUAAUAAAGGAAAUCAAGCCAGUAAUCAGAAUAGUCCCAGUGACUCUGACUUACAAAUAUUGAGUGAAGAACUAUUAAGAAAAGAUUCAAAUAAUGCAGCCAAAUAUAUCACAGUUAAUUAUCAAGGAAAAACUACGUCUUCUUCUAAGGAAGACAAAGCUCCUAGCCCAUUACUUACCAUCAAAAAUGACGUUUGGAAUAUACCAACUGUGGAAAAAUUUCUUCCCUUGUUGGAUAAUUAUGAACGUGACACUUUAGUUAAUGAGUAUGUUACUCCACAGGAGAGAAACGAAGAAAAUGCUUUUUUGGAUGCGAUUAUGUCAACAACCGUUAUACGUCAUUUAAUGAAUUUCUUUAAAGAAAAGGGUUACGUUACUCCUGAUCCCAAACAGCAAAGAGAUUUCUUGAAACAAUUGUGGUUUAGUUUGUAUUCAAGAGGUAAAGGAAAGAUCAGCAGCUCUGGCUUUGAGCACGUUUUUGUUUCAGAGCUGAAAAAUGGAGAAGUUUCAGGCUUGCACAACUGGAUAUAUUUUUCAAAAGAAGAAACGGCAUCUCGUGUAAAUUAUUUAGGGUAUUUAAAAUACGAAGUGAUUAAUGAUAAAGGGGUUGUUAUGAAAUUGCAUUUCAAUCAGCAAGGUACGGACAAGCCCGUUGAUAGUAUGUUUAUUGGGACAUCCCCUGAGUUAGAAAUAGCUUUAUAUACGCUUUGUUUUGUCACAAGGGCUGACAAUGAAUGCAAAUUAAAGCUUGGUGGCAAGGAUGUGGACAUAAGGACUCACACAUUCCGAUAUCGGAGUAAAAAUUUAAUUGGAAGUGCCUUUCCUCAAAUAUAAAAAUGAUUUGGUUACAACGAUUACUUUGAAAAUAUUUUGUAAUAAGGAUUAUUUGAAGAAAGUUAAUUUCACGAACCUUUAUCUUACUCAUACCAACUCGUACUAUUCUCCUAUAUUUAAUCCAUAAUAUAAGAUUUG